UUAGCCUCACAAACUUUGCGCACGCAGGGGAAUUUUUUUUUCUUUUUCUUUUUCGGUCUGUCCUACCUUGCACUCGAAAUCAUCAUAACCAGCAAACAGCAGCCUGCCAGAUACAGAGGUGGCCACCGAGGUGAUACCGCACAGGAUCGACUCGGACUAUCAAGCCACAUUAGUAUUGAUAAGUUGCAAAUUUAGACAAGACAGGGUUCGCUGCUCACCCCAUAAAAGUUCAAUUCCCUGUCGGCACGGAUGUCGAAUAAUCGGCAGGUGGCAUCAUCGGAACCUGUUACAAAAGAGUGGCCGUCGGGGAAAAACUGGAUGGCGUUGAUGUCGGAUUCGUGACCGGCAAACGUCUGCACGGCCUUGCCGGCGCGGAUAUCCCAAAGCUUAGCGAAGGCGUCGCAGGCACCCGAGAUGAAAGUGUUUUGGUUUGUUGGGUUCAAGCUGAUGCUCAUGACAUCUCCCAAGUGGUCGGCGAAUUCGACCACCUUUGUGCCCGUCUCGAUGUCCCACUUCAUGCAAGUCAUGUCGCCCGACGAGGUGAGGAUGCUCCGGUCGUUGAUGAAACGGCAGCAGGAAAGAUAGCCGGCGUGGCCCGACAGUUCCCUGGCGACGCGCGUGGGCCCGUCACGGCUCUGGUUGAGGUUGUAGAUGGAGCAGAUGUUGUCGAGACCACCGCAGGCGACGUAGUUGCCGCUCGGGGCGUAGGCGCAGGUCAUGACCCAUGAUGAUCGGAGGGGGAUGGCGUGCACCUUGUUUGUUGUGUAGGCGUCCCAGAUGAUGAGCUUGCCGUCUUGUGAAGCAGAAACGAGGUGUCUUCGGUCGGUCGACCAGUGCAUCGCAUAGAUCUUUGCGAGAUGGCCCUUCAGUGUUCUCUUCGUCCUCAUCAGCUGGUUCUUUGGGAUCUGCUCGUGGGCCUGGGCGGCGACGGCGCGGACUAGAGGUGGCAAACAUGAUGGCGUAAGCAGCAGUUCAUUCAAUCGCACAAAGGGGGGCGCGGCGAUGGCGGCGACGGUGUCGGGAGACACAGUCGGCAAUCAAUGGGCGACGGAUGAACAAAAUGUCAUUCAUUUACUCACGCGUCGUGUCGGCCAACUCCUCCUUCUUUCUCUUGAUUCUGUCCUUGAGAGUCUCAGCCUCGCGACGCGCCUGCUGGAUGCGUGCCUGCAUCGCCUCGGGCGAUACAUCGUUCGGUCGGCCUGGAUCCAUCUCUGCGGUGCUUUGCGGUGGUGGUCAAUCGUCUCUGCAAUGGGGCGGGGGGCCGAUUGACGAAUGGGCGCGCGCGGGUGGUGGCAGUCGACGACGAUUGUCGAUGUCGGCAGGAUUGAGACAGCAGGUGCUAGUUUGAAGGUUAGGGUGUGGUUGAAUGGAUGCAGGAGUUCUCUUGGGGAAGAAUGCGAGCUCCAGGGGUGGGUGUGCCGGGCCAGUAAAACAGCUAGGCAAGGGCCCGACGCUGCUGAAUGAAAUGACUAUCGGAAAGCAAGUGGAGAGAGAGGGGGGGAGAGGCGAGCAAGAAGGGAGGCCCAAGCAGAGCAGAGCAGAGCAGACAAGACAAGACAAGACAAGACAAGACUACCGAUCGCAACACUGGGGUUGCAAUUCGCGAGAUUCCCUUCCAGAGAAUAGAAAAUUGUCAAGUUUGGUCAACAAUGGAGGUCGGGGCCAGGAAAAGGAGGGAGAGGAAGAAAAAAAAGAAGGGCAGCUCUCGGCUGGCUGGCGGACGGGAGGGUGACCGGCCAGUUUUGCGAUUAUUACCCAGCGCAACCUAGUCGUGUCUGGAUUGGGAAGGGGGGCAGUGGUGGGUGAAUCGACACCCUUGCACAGCGCCGUGGUGCUGGAACUGACUGCACUGCAGACCGCACUGGCCACGGACGUUGUUGAAGACUGAUGAUAGAAAUGGAUAUCAGUUGUAAUCAGACACUGCUGCUAUCAUUGGCCAGGAGUCUAGGUAUUGCAGGUAGAUUUUGAUAUACUACUCCGUAGGUAUUUUGGAGUCUUUUGACCACGGAGCCAAGCGAGGUGCAUUCGGGUCCAGUGUCCGCCCAGUGCAGGCGGCAGCAGCAGCCAGUGGUAUCUUGCAAUGUAAUCUGCGGGAGCUUUUGGAAGCGACAUGCACGGCAGCAGCAGCAGCAGCAGCAACAACACCAGGCAUCCGGCCGGGACGGUAUUUGCAAAGAACAAUAUCUCUGUAUCCGUAGCAAUGCCAGUGCCGGUCGGUAGCUCUCUCUCUCUCGAUCGUCCGGCGCGAACUGCAGGCUUUGAAUUAAAGGUGGACUGGGUGGAGGAUCCUAAGCUGCGGGAUCGAACGAGCGACAAGGAGAAGGGGAGCUCUGUCCUGGUGGGGCCCAUGCACCGACUUGGGCUUUCUCCUGCAGCCCGGACAUUAGCUGUGCACGGGCCAUUUCCAAUCUGCUUGUAAGGUCCUCUUUUCUCUCUAUCUUGAAUUUCAAUUUUCUACAGAUAGAGAUACGAUCAUCUGGAACACAGUGAGUUUUGUUCCUAACCCACCCAGAUAAUGCUGUGCCCCCAACUCCACGCCAAUCAAGUCAAUCGACAGGAUAACUGUCCCUCUCCUCCGAGCGCCCGAGUCACCCAACCCGCGCAUGGACGAUGGAAAAGGGGUUGCUUGAUAAUCUACCCUGGCCAUCCCCAAUGCAAAGUCGUGGCGCACGCGGUUUAACAUUGGCCGUGGGGAAUGGGGAUUGCAACAUCCGGGCUUCUCCCAGCCUGCCUUUCUCGGUCAAAUAACUUUUCUGCCACUGCGACUUCUCGAUAUGCCCAUGAUGCCUCACCUCACUCGGCCUACCGGCGCUGUCUGGUCUUGUCGGCAUCUCUUGGCGAGUCAUUACCGGGUGCUCUUCGAUUUCUUCCCUCGGUCCUUUUGAACUCUUUCGACAUGCUGCAGUGUACAAGGGAACUUUUGUAAAAUGUCAAGAAAGUGCCGGCUGGCAGUUGGCACAUAAAGCUGCAUAAUGUUCUAGAUAGAUCGGCAUUCCUCCAAAUGUGGCACCCGUCACGGAAUCACCACCCGCUCGGCACCACCCGGGAUCCGUACGGGGCCGCUGAGUGCGGAGGCGCUGCUGCUGAUCAUUGUGUACCUGGCUUGGCACCGACCUCGAUGUUGAACUCGUGAUAACUUCACCUACCACGCCGUGGGCAGCAGCCCAGGUAAUAAUGCACGCAUAAUAUAGUGGCACUGCUCAACAGAAUCAUCAAUCAACCCAAUUAAUGCCUGACGUUCAAAAGCACCUCACCCUCUUCGACAGCACAGCCUGCCCCAUAUCCAACUUUGAGCAGCCCUCAGUGACUUCCACAACAACCCCUCCCCCCCAAACUCUCACAAGAUGGACUUCAUCUCCCUCCCCAAAAUAGAGCUCCACGCCCACCUCUCUGGCUCCAUCUCCCGCCAAACCCUCCACGAAAUCUGGUCCCAAAAGCCAUCCUCCUCCUCCUCCUCCUCCUCCUCCCUCCCCGACCCCCUGGUCGAAAUGCCCCCAGGCAAACACGACUACGACCUCCGAACCUUCUUCCCCCUCUUCACCUCCUACAUCUACACCCUCAUCUCCGACCUCCCCUCCCUCCGCCACUCCACCCUCUCCGUCCUCCGCGACUUCCAGUCCGACGGCGUCGUCUAUCUCGAACUCCGCACCACACCCCGCGCCAUCCCUUCCGCCAACAUCACCAAGCACCUCUACGUCCAGACCAUCCUCGACUGCAUCGCCGAAUUCGAGGCCGGGGAAGGGUGCACCCUCCGGACAAAGCUGAUCCUCUCAGUCGACCGGAGGAACACCCUCGCCCAAGCGGAGGAGGUGCUAGAGCUCUGCAGGCAGUUUAAGGGGAGGGGCGUGGUGGGGAUCGAUCUGUGUGGGGAUCCCGCUGUGGUUGACAACCUCAGAUCUUUCACGCCCGUGUUCCGACAGGCGGAAAAGGAAGGGUUGAAGGUCACGCUUCAUUUUGCCGAGGCCGAGGUUUCUGGGACGGAGGAGGAGUUGGACUUGCUGCUGGGCUGGGGGCCGGAGAGGUUGGGGCAUGUGAUUCAUUUGGGCGAGGGGGUUAAGCAGAAAGUGAGGGAGAGGAGGGGGGUGGGGUUGGAGUUGUGUCUGAGUUGUAAUGUUCAUGCUGGUAUGGUUCGUGGGGGGUUUGAGGGGCAUCACUUUGGGGAGUGGUGGAAGGUGGAAGGGGUGGUUGUUGUUUUAGGUACCGACGACGUGGGCGUCUUUGGCAGCCCACUGUCCAACGAAUACGCCCUGGUGGCCAAACACUUUGGCCUGGGCCGUCGGGAGAUAUGCAACCUCGCCCGAAAAGGCAUCGACGUCAUCUUUGGCGGCGAGGAAGAAAAGGAAAGGCUUCGAAAGAUAAUGUGGACCGAGUAGGUAACACUGCACCCAUCAACUACUCCAUUCCAAACCUAGCAAACCCCCCAAUCUAUGUCUAUGUGCACCCUUCUACCUGCCCUCCC